GAUAAACUCGCGUUCAAACGUCGGCGUGCGUCCACUCAAAAACGGUCAGCCGGUUCUUGCCGGCUCUUGUUCGGUACACCGCAGAUUUUUUGAUUACAUUCAUAUCGGUCUCGGUAUUUUUCGUCUUUAGAAAUUUAAUUUUUUUUUUAAAUUGAUUUUUCACUCUUCGAGCGAUCGAGAUUUCCGUCAAAGUGGCUCGAAAUCUAUAUUAUUGGAUUUUAGCAGUUUUGAAUUUUUUUUCUCGUCUGUUUCAUCUACUGCAGUGCGCCACAUAGUCAGUAAAUCAUCAUCAUACUCGUAAUAUAAUAAACCGUCCGACGACAAACCAAGUGUGUAACAGUAUAUAGGUAGCUGUUCGCUACCGCAACAGGACGUCCGCAGCAGGUUUAUUUGUUAUAUUUAUUACGAAUAGAAUGUGACACCUAGAUUUAAAAUGGUGCACGCAGGCACAGUGCUCAUAAGUGCCAUUAAGUUGGCAACCAAGGUGGCCGGAGGUGGAAAGCUACUAUUUUUGCCUACGUUCUUGGCUGCUUUAGCCUAUUACAAUUAUGACCUGUACGACCCAGAGAAUCGUCUAGUGAACGAGAAGAACCUGAGAUCCGAGUAUGAUUUCAUAGUGGUGGGUGGUGGUUCGGCGGGUGCUGUGGUCGCCAACCGUCUGUCCGCAAACCCGGAAUGGAACGUAUUGUUGCUGGAGGCUGGUGGACACGAGUCCGAGAUAACAGACGUUCCCGCUAUAUCAUUGUACUUACAUGGAAGCAAAUACGAUUGGAAGUACAAGACACAGCCGGACAGCUCGGCGUGUCAAGCGAUGAAAGACAAUCGGUGCUGUUGGACUCGGGGUAAGGUGAUCGGCGGUUCCAGCGUGCUGAACACCAUGCUGUACGUGCGGGGCAACAAGCGAGACUAUGACAACUGGGAGAGAAUGGGAAAUCCUGGUUGGGGAUUCGAGGACGUGCUCCCAUACUUCAAAAAAUCGCAGGACCAACGAAAUCCUUACCUGGCCAAGAAUACCAGAUACCACGCUACCGGYGGAUAUCUGACUGUCCAAGACUCACCGUGGAACACGCCUCUGGGCAUCGCUUUCUUGCAAGCCGGCGAAGAAAUGGGUUACGAGAUACGCGACACCAAUAGUGACAUUCAAACYGGGUACGGGCUGUACCAGUUCACGAUGCGCCGGGGUUACCGAUGUAGUUCGUCGAAGGCGUUUUUGCAACCAGUGAGGCUGCGGAGGAACCUACACGUGGCCUUGUGGUCACACGUGACCAAAGUUCUCAUCGACCCGGACAGCAAACGAGCUUAUGGUGUGGAGUUUGAACGGGACGGACGAAAGCGGGUUGCGCUAGCCAAAAGAGAAGUCGUGCUGUCCGCGGGUGCCAUCAACAGUCCUCAAUUGCUUAUGCUUUCAGGCGUUGGACCGGAAGAACACCUAAGAAGUAUCAAUAUACCUGUAAUUCAUCAUUCGCCGGGCGUUGGUGAAAACCUUAUGGACCAUGUGGCUGUUGGCGGUCUGGUCUUUCCCAUUGACUAUCCAGUUAGCUUGGUCAUGAAUCGUGUAGUCAAUAUACCGGCAGCAUUGAGGUAUGCCGUGCUGGGCGAAGGACCUCUAACGUCGUCCAUAGGAUUAGAGACGGUGGCGUUUAUCACGACCAAAUACGGUAAUCAGUCGGACGAUUGGCCAGACAUCGAGUUCAUGCUGACGUCCACGUCGACCAACUCGGACGGAGGAACGGCAGCCCGAAAGGCGCACUGUCUGCGGGACGAUUUCUACAACGAGCUGCUUGGAGACCUCAACAACAAGGACGUGUUCGGCGUGUUUCCGAUGCUGUUGAGACCAAAGAGCAGGGGUCGCAUACUGCUCAGGAAUAACAACCCYCAUCARUACCCGCUUUUAUACCACAAUUAUUUCUCACACCCAGACGAUUUGCGAGUGCUGCGCGAGGGCGUCAAGGCAGCGGUGGCGGUGGGUGAGACGACUGCCAUGAAAAGAUUCGGCGCCCGAUUCCACGCCAGGCCAGUGCCCGGUUGCAAGACCCUUGAGCUUUUCACCGAUGAGUAUUGGGAGUGCGUGAUACGUCAGUACACCAUGACCAUAUACCACAUGUCGGGUACAUCCAAAAUGGGACCGCCUACUGAUCCUUUAGCAGUUGUCGAUCCCAAGCUCAGAGUGUAUGGAAUUCAAGGCUUGAGAGUGAUUGACGCCAGCAUUAUGCCUCAGAUCACUAACGGUAACAUAAAUGCCCCGACAAUAAUGAUUGGUGAGAAAGGUUCUGACAUGAUAAUCAAUUAUUGGCAUGGUAUUGACGCGAAAAGAAGAAGACGAAGAAGUGCCAAUAUUACCAUUAGUUAGUCAAUAUUACCAUUUGUUGCCUAUUAGGUUAAGCCCUUAUCGAUCAUCUCAAAACUUAUGUAAAGUUGUGUUGCUCAAUUUUUAUAAAAAUGUAUAGGUAUGUAAUUAUUAUAAGAUCAAACGACUAUUAUGAUUAUA